AUGGCCGUACAACGAGAGAAGCGCGCCAAGGGCGAAGCGGCGCCGGCCGCGGCGCCGGAAGCGCUCGCGAAGCGCACGCCGCUCUACACGCCGUUCCGCGCGUUGGGCUACGUCUCGAACGGCGUGCCGUUUGUGAUGCAGGUGCGUUUUGGCGGCAAGGACGCCAAGACGCCAGACGUGAACGUCGUGACGUGCGUCGGCGACGCUUGGGCGAUGUGGAAUGCAGACCGCAUGACGCUCUUGUUCGUGGGGCCGAUGCUCCAGCAUGCAAUUAGCAGCAUGGCGAUCUCGACGUCGCCGGAUAGCCUCCUCGCGGCCGCAGGACCGACCGUGCAUCGGUACGUGCGCGGCCGCGAAGUCGCGGCGUACGAGACAGAGGACGAGGCACUUCUCGGACAGCUCAUUGUGUUUGGCGACUAUGUCGUUGCACUCGCCGCGGAUGGGCACGCGGCAUACGUAUGGAGCCUGGCGACCAACGAGCUCCUCCAGACGCUCGACUUUGCCGGAUGGACUGCGUCGUGCGUCGUGCACCCUGCAACCUACCUCAACAAGGUCGUUAUUGGCGGUGCAGACGGCAGCGUGCAGCUGUGGAACGUGCGCACCGGACAGCACAUCCACACCUUUGGCGCUAAGCAGAUCCGAGGGACGCCCGCGGGGGUCGUGAGCGUGACGCAGUCGCCGGCCGUCGACGUGCUCGCCGUGGCCUAUGCGGACGGCGACGUUGUUAUGCUCGACGUGCGCUUGGGCAACAAGCUCUUUACCGUGCACGUCGACGGCGGCCUCGCCACGGGGUGCAUCGCUUUUCGCACGGAUGGCGAGGCACACACGCUCGCGGUGGCGACGCGCGCCGGCUCGCUCGUCCUCUUUGACCUUGCGGCGGCCGCAGAGGAGGACGGCGCGCCGCGUUUGCUGCACUCGGUGCAGCACGCGCACGACGGCGCGAUCGGCGCGAUCGAGUUCGUGCCGGGCCAGCCGCUCCUUAUUUCGAGCGGCGCAGACAAUGCGGUGAAGCAGUGGUUCUUUGAGUCGCCUACGCUUCCUCCCCGCCUGCUCAAGUUCCGCAGCGGGCACGCACUGCCCCCUCAUAUUAUUCGGUACUAUGGCGAGGACGGCCGCAGCAUGCUGACGGCCUCGCGCGACAAGAGCGUGCGCUCGCUUUCGGUGGUGCGCGACAGCCGCUCGUUCGAGCUGAGCCAGGGCUCGGUCGAGAGCCGCGCUUCGAAGCUCGACGUGGAUGCAACGUCGCUCAAGCUCCCCCCUGUCUCGUCGCUGUCGUACAGCACGACGCGCUCGCGCGACUGGGACGACGUCUUGACGACGCACGCCAACGAUCGCUACGCACACACCUGGACGGUGCGCGACAAGCACAUGAACAAGUCGCCGCUCAGCGCCGCACGCACCAAGAAGAGCAUGGCGACCGGCACGGCUGCGUGCGUGAGCGCGUGCGGCAACUUUGCCCUGAUCGGCACGAGCAAGGGCGCGGUCGAAAUGUACAACAUGCAGAGCCACCUCUACCGCCGCACGUUUGCGACUGGCAGCGAGGCCCCGGUGACGGAUAUCGCGUGCGACGCGGUGAAUGCAGUCGCGCUCGUCAGCACACAGGAGCCCGUGCUGCACCUUUUCGACUUCCACACCGGCCAGCGCACUGCGAGUGUCGCGAUGCCCGCGCCGAUCGCGGCGCUGCGCCUGCACCGCGAGUCGAACCUCGUCGCGGCGCUCGGCGAAGACCUCGAGCUGUACGUCCUCGACCUCGAGACGCAGCGCGUUGCGCGUCGCUUUGGCGGCUUCCGUGGCCGUCUUUUGGACGCUGCUUUCUCCGCAGACGGCCGCUGGAUCGUGACGUGCAGCACGGACAGCGUCGUGCGCACCUUUGACAUUGCGACCGCGCAGCUCAUCGACGCGUUCCGCACGCCGAGCAUCGCGACGAGCGUCGCCUUCUCGCCGCUCGGCGACUUUUUGGCCACCGCGCAUGUGGACAGCGUCGGGGUGCACCUGUGGGUGAACCGCGCGCAGUUUGCGCCAGUGCCGCUGCGUGCGCUGCCGAUCGGCGAGGCGGCCGCGGAGCGCGACGCUGCGCUGCCGACCAUGCAAGGCGCGGCGCUCGACGAGGCGCCGGAUGCCGACAUUGGCGAGCCGGAGCUCCAGCGCACCUAUACCAGCCCGCCGCAGCUUGAAGGCGCCGACGGGCCGCUGCUUACGCUGAGCACCAUGCCCCGCUCGCGCUGGAUCACGCUGCUGCACCUCGACACGAUUCGGCAGCGCAACAAGCCGACCGAGGCGCCGAAAAAGCCGGAAAAGGCGCCCUUCUUCCUCGACACGGGCAACCGCGCGCCGCUUGGUGAGGCCGCGCCGAUGCCAGAGGACGAUGCGCCGAUGUCGCACCGCACACACACCCCGAUCGCGGUCGAGUCGGCGUUCGAGCGCCGCUUGCGCGUCGCGGUCGAGGCCGAGGACGUCGCGGCGCUCUUUACCUAUCUCCACACGCUCUCCGCGCCGCAGCUCGACGUGGCGAUCCGCUCGCUCGAGACGCCGGCGCAGCAGACGCUGUUUUUGCAGGCGCUUGCGCUGCGUCUGCGUGCGCAGCGCGACUGGGAGGCGGUGCAGGCGAUGCUCGCCGUGUUCCUUGCGGUGCACGCCGAGGGGGUGCAGCAGUACGCUGCGGACCCGAGCAACGGCGACGAGGAGGGCGCGGCGCUGGGCCUGGCGCUGCGCACGCUCCUGGCCGAGCAGCAGCGCGAGAGCGCACGCGUCCUCCAGUCGCUCGACUACUGCAUGGGCACGCUGUCGUUCUUACGCAAUGUUCCGCUCUUGUAA